UUGUAGGGAGAUAAGAAAUCGGCAGAUUCAUUCCUGCAGUUACGAAACAUCUGUACGAUCUUAAUGUUGAGAAAUUGCACACAUGAAGGGCAGUACAGACUUGCUGGUUAGUAUUCUGGUACUGAAGGUCGUCGAAGGAUUCCUACUGUCAGGGUCGUGCCAGAAGCGAUGCCUCCAGGCGUACACCCCGUCUCUCAUCUGCCAGUGCAACGCCGAAUGCAACCAGCACGGCAACUGUUGCCCUGACUUCCACCUGGCAUGUGAGGGUGGCGACAAGUCAUGUGUCAGCCGGUGUCUGUCUAACUAUGACCCCAGCGCCACGUGUCAGUGUAACACCGCCUGCUCCAGCCACUCCAACUGCUGCAGCGACUUCUCCACGGCGUGCGGAGGUGGCAGCUCGACAUCCCACACCUCCAUCACCCAGGCUACCCUGGCGGACAGACUGUGGACUAUGGACCCAGACAAGUUCGACACCCAAGACGUCCAUCUCAACCUCGGCGGUCACACCUACGCAGGCAACACCCAAGACAGAUCCCCGUUACCGUUGUUCACCAGUGUGAACUCCAACCUGCUGGCUCGGCCGAUUUACACGACUCUGUUCUCCCUGUACAACAACUACCAGCCCCAGUUGGGUGUGUCAGAUCCUCUGGAUGGGUCGGACAAGGUGGAGAUCGGUCACUUUCUGGAUGUCGUCAUGGCCUCUCCGGUGAUAAAGGAGACGCACACGUACCUCGUGGACCACGGGCUAUAUACUGGUGACAUGGCAGCCUUCAGGAAGAAGAUAUUUUCACUGUGGUUCGAACCCUAUUCGAGGUCUAAAGGAAAACCCCGCGACAGCAGCGCCUUUGAACACGUCUUUGUAGGAGAAUAUAAGGGCACGAAAACCGAGGGGCUCCACAACUGGGUGCGCUUCUACUCAGAGGAGAAGGCUGGCCAUAUCAACUACCUCGGGUACAGCAAAUAUAGGGGGCAACAAAUGGUAAAAUUCCCAUUCACCUGGAACGGCCACUACAAAGACACCAACUCCUUCAUCGUCGGCUCCAGUCCGGCGUUCGACAUGGCUCUGGGCACCGUGUGCUACCUCACCAAACCCAAUUCGGAGUGUGACUUCAGUCUCAAUGGCAAUCAGUUCAGGAUAAAACAGUGGGACGCCUCUAACGCAGCUGGUCCCCAACUCGCAACGGCGUACGUCGUCUUCUAGAAUAUACGUCACUGGUUAUGCCAGGACAGCCAUC